AAAAGCUGACGUGUUCACGGCGGGGUACAUCUCCAUCAGUGGAGGAGGUACACCUGUGCUGUCCCAACUCCUCUACUCCAAGUCCCCCGGAACACAAUUUGUAUGACUCAGUUGCGCGUACGUCCCAUCAAAAAGGGAGAGGCGACGAAGGGAGGGAAUUGGUAAUAGUUAAGUCGUAAUAGUCUUCCAACGAAUUACUUCAGUUAAGAAACUGCGUUCAACUUAAAAUAUAAUUAAACUCAAAUACGAAAUUGGAUUAUUAAUUGAUCGGAAUAAUGCUUGAAUGGUUUUCGUACGAUGUAUUUGACUAAGUGUCAUGAUGUCAACAUAACCUACCUGUUGGGUUUCAGCUAGUAAAAUAGUUUUUCUAAAACACCUAACAUAGGAGGCGUUUUGUUUCAACACUAUUGUAGAGGACGGGAAUAGUUAGCUCUAAAUCGUGAAGCCUAUUCAAAGGACAAGUGAUCGCCGAGUAGGCUAGUGGAUUUCCUUGAGAUAAUAAUUGCACAUAAGUCCAGCCACGGAGCCAUUUGAAUCCGGGAUGUAUCUGUGAGUAUUUCCCCGAUACGAAACUAUUUCGUUCGGACAAGGGGAGACGUUCAUGGAUUUUUUAAGUGGGACCCGCUAGGAUGGACGUGGUUGAUGAAACUGAAGCGUUACAGAGAUUUUUUGAAGGUCAUGAUAUUACCAGCUCUCUGGAGCCAGCUAACAUCGACACCAGUAUUCUGGAGGAGUACAUCAGCAAGGAGGACGACAGCACUGACAUCUGUUUUUCAGAGGUCCACAGCGCCCCAGUACCGAAUUACUCAUCCCCCCAGGCCGGAGUGACCACAUCUGGGGGGCUGGUGUGUGGCGUGAGCCCCCCCAUCCCAUUGCGCCAGGGAGCCCCUCCGCCUGGACCCACUCCCUGUCAGACCCCCUACCCCCCUCCUCCACCCCUGGGCCUGCUCCGACACAACUACCCCUGCCUGGGCCAGCAGCAGGGGCACGUCAAGCCGGAGCACAGGGGCCACUACGCCCCCGGGACACUACCUGAGUCUCCUCCAGACUCCAGCUCAGAGCCCUAUUCUCCCCAGCAAGUGAAUGACACGCACAUGCUCAGGACCAUGACGCCAGAAAACAUGUGUCACAUGACUCCCCCGCCACCCCUCCCCCCCCACGGGCACUAUCCCAGCAUGCACCGGGACAUGUACCUGAAGCCAGAGCCCAUGAUAUCGCAGUACCCCAUUGGCCCAGCCACGAGUGGGAGUGGCGACAUGCAGCAGAGUCAGAUGCUUCACCAGCUACUGCAGCACCCUCCAGGCCAGGAUGGCAUCCCAGCCCACCAGGCCAAGAAGAGGAAGCACUCAGACUCUCCCAACAGCACCCUCAAUGCCCAAAUCCUCACAGGUAUCAUCAAACAAGAACCAGGCCUGAUGCAGGAUGCAGAAAACAGCUACCUUGAUCCCAACUACCAGUGUAUAAAAUGGCAGCCCCACCAGCAGAACAAGUGGACUCCUCUGUAUGACUGCAACUGCAAAGAACUCCCGAUGCCCACCUAUCGCGUUGAUGCCGACAAGGGCUUUAACUUCUCCCUGGCGGAUGAUGCCUUCGUCUGCCAGAAGAAGAACCAUUUCCAGGUCACAGUGUACAUUGGCAUGCUGGGCGACCCCAAGUACAUCAAGACCAGCGAUGGCUUACAGCCAAUCGACUGCUUCUUUCUCAAACUCAACGGAGUCAAGCUGGAGGCCAUGAACCAGUCCAUCAACGUGGAGCAGUCUCAGUCUGACCGCAGCAAGAGGCCUUUCAAGCCUGUGCUGGUGACUGUGCCACCAGAACAAGUAACCAAGGUAACGGUAGGACGGUUACACUUUAGUGAGACCACGGCCAAUAACAUGAGGAAGAAGGGCAAGCCCAACCCUGACCAGAGGUACUUCAUGCUGGUGGUGGCGCUGCAGGCUCAGUCCCACAGUCAGAGCUUCACGGUGGCAGCUCAGGUGUCCGAGAGGAUCAUCGUCAGGGUAACCUCUGCGUCUAACCCAGGCCAGUUUGAGAGUGACAGUGAGGUCCUGUGGCAGCGAGGCCAGCUGCCAGACUCUGUCUACCAUCACGGCCGGGUGGGCAUCAAUACUGAUCGUCCAGAUGAGGCUAUGGUCAUCCACGGCAACCUCAAAGUUAUGGGUUCCCUGGUGCACCCUUCUGACAUCCGGGCCAAAGAGAACGUCCAGGAGGUGGACACCACUGACAAUUUGAAACGGAUCUCUCAGAUGAGGCUGGUUCAUUAUCAUUACAAGCCAGAGUUUGCAGCCAGCGUCGGCAUAGAGAACACUGCAGAGACUGGAGUGAUAGCCCAGGAGGUUCAACAGAUCCUCCCCGAGGCAGUGAAGGAGGGCGGGGACGUGGUCUUCGCCAACGGAGAGACCAUCCCCAAGCUGCUGGUGGUCAACAAGGAUCGUAUCUUCAUGGAGAACGUGGGGGCUGUGAAGGAGCUGUGUAAGCUCACAGACAACCUGGAGACCCGCAUAGACGAGCUGGAGCGCUGGAGCCGCAAGCUGGCUAAGCUUCGCCGCCUGGACAGCAUGAAGAGUACUGUGAGCGGAGGGACCGUCAGCCAAUCAGGAAGUCAGUUUAGCCGGACAGGAAGCGGACCACUGAAGAAGAAGAUGGUUAAACCAGACAGCAAGAGCCCUUCUCCAGAGCAAGGUUGCAUCAGCCACAGGUUCAUGCAGGGCACUAUCCUGGCACUGGUUAUCGUGAUGGCCUUCAGUGUGAUUUCCAUGUCCAUACUGUACGUGUUGACCCUGCACCACAGAGGGGAUGUCACUGAGAAAGACGGCUUUGUAUCCUCCUGUUCCCUCUACAUUUCCUGGAUGCCUAUCUUCACUGCUACUGUCACUCUCUGUCCCCCGGUCUGUCCGUGGUCCAGAGCUGCAUUGGGAUCCUCUCAUGAGAGUUCUUACGAGUCCACAACCUUCAGUCCACAAGACACAGUCCCUUCCUCUCCUUCCCUGUCAGAUCAUGGGGCCUGCUGCCCACCCACAACUGCCACAAACAACCAAUCAGCUACAGUUCUGUCCCCAAGUAACAACCAAUCCACAUCAGAUCUGGGCAGCAUGAUCCCUACACAAGGGACCAUUAACAAGAAGGCCAAGUCCCGCCUGAUGGAUAAAGAUGGUCGCAACAGGAACCGUCUGAGUCACACCUCGACUCCUCUGUACCUGGCCAAGGCUAAGAGACCUUCCCCCUCCGACCUGGGGGGAGCGGGGGCCACCAACCACCUGCCUCGGGGGCAGCAGCCCCCCCCACGCAGACAACGCAGCACACACACAGCAGGGGAGAGCUUUACUCCUUCUCUUGAUCUGCACAUCUUGGAAAACAACCAACAGAUAACAAUGCAGGCCUGUCAGUCUCCUGGAAGAUGCAGCUACAUUAUAUCACUUCUUGGAAACAAAAACUCUUCUUUGUCACAAAUAACUCUUCACAUGAGGUCCAGUGACAGCGUGUGGGUGCGUCAGUGUGGGGCCACUAAAGGCCGCUUGUGUCCUGACCACAGCGAAACAGAACUGUAUGGUGGACAGAGGAAAUCUUCCAAGGGGACAGACCACCUGUGGUCAGUACCAGUGCUCACCUUCCAGGACGUCACCUAUCACUUCCGUGUCUCUCAGUCUAGUGAAAUGAGCUGUGUCACAGAGGGGGAGAGUGAAGCUGCGACGUCAUAUUCCGACUACCAUUUUCUCAUCAAGAGCAGCUGUGUAUGAGAUGGGCGCAUGGGGAACACAGUAGCGUGCACUGUUCCUACUGACCAGGGCCCAAACACAACCCUUUUCUCCUCUACAGCUCCUCCACAUCCCUUCUCAGAAGGGGGGCAGAAAAAGUUGUUAAGGCUCUCUUGAACUUCAUUUUUAAAUAGGAACACAUAUAUAUACAGCUCUUCGUGAACAUCUCUUUCUAUAACUGGGUUCAUUGUAUCCCCGCUCUAUGGGUCUUGUUGAUUUUAUAGCACUGUCACUGAACAUGGCUUGCUUGGAUGCCAGUGGAAGUCAUUGAAAAUGACUGAUGAUCUAUCUUACUGCUAUUGUAAACAAAUAAUGUCCUGUGCCUUAUAACUCACUGUAAUGCUGAUCCCAGUAUGUUUGCCAUGUAUAACACAAACCAUUACUAGAUUUUUUGUAAAGUUUUAUUUGUUGGGAUUUUUUAUUAGAGUUGGGAAUGAACACAGGUUAAGGAAUAGUGUAGCAAUGUCCAUUCUACAUUAUUACAAUACAUUAUCCAUACAUUUAACUUUUGAUCUCUACACUGUAACUAUUCAUUAUUGACUGUAAACAGUCACUUUGGAUUCAACAUUUUAUACACUGGAAAUUGUCUCAGUUUCUAUUGAAAGUUAAUUAUAGGUCAUUGACUUAUCUCAGUUUUGCACACAGUCCAGUGUAUAAUAGAGAACAGUGUGUACCAGGCUGCUGUAAUCUAUGUCAAACUGAUUUACUCGCUGUCUUCAACAUUCAUUAUGGGGGCCACUCUUUGUGGGAGUGACCAACCCUAUAUAAAUUGUAACACAAACAGACUUGUGUGACUGCCAAACCACAAAGCAGAGAUUUCAAAGGCUACAUCAGUGUAAAUGUAUCUAAAAUGCAGCAGCCAUUAUAGGAGGCCGCCAUUUUGAAUACAUUAAAUCUUAGUAGUGAAUCCACUUAAAUUCAGACUCAGUGGCUGGUCAUAUAAGACUGAAUGUUUACUCAAAUGACUGGAAAUCAUGUGUAAACACUGGAUAUAACACUGGAUGCUCUCAGAUGCUGCCCACUGAGUUGCUCAUGUUUAACACUGACUAUAUUUCAAGAACACUGGAGAUUUAGUUAAUAAACUGUAUCUUGUCCAUAUGUUACUUAACAAAAGCAAAAGUGUACUGUAUGUGUACAUCAUAAACAUGUCAAGUGUCCAGUCAUUCCUUUCCAAAAUUCCAAAGUAAAUCAUCUCAAGGCCAAGGCAACACAUGGACUUUAAUUCUGUUCAUCUAACUUGUGCAGGCAUCUUUUUUGGGACCUGGUCUUAUGUACUUAUGGGUUUAAGCCAUGCACAAACUUCUGGCUCAUACACUCUGGAAUUUUAGCCUCACUAUUUGUUGCCUUGAAUCCUUUAACUCUCCUUUUGGACACCUCUACAAAGUACAUGCAGACUGCACACUUUCCCAACCACAUGUAUAACAUUUUCACAGGAAAAUACUGUAUUUUUUGUCUCUACUUCAACUUAUUUCCCUUUCUUCGCUAUCCACAGUCAGCUUCCAUAUGUUCCAUAAUUUGUGAUAAUUUAGUAUUUUUACAAAUUGCAUUAUUAUGAAGUGAUAGAGGAACAUUUGUCAUGAUGUUUUUUAAUUAUUAUUAUUAUGCCCCUUUUUGCAUUCAGAAUGCAAAUUACUUACUUAAAUGUUGUUUUUUGAAAUAUAGAAGUAGAGAAGGUAUUAGGAAAAUAUCAACCCAAAGUGAAUAUAUCUAAAAUGGCGAUAUAUGAAAACACUGUAUUAUACUUUCAAUAUGAAUUAUAAUUUUUUUCUUAACGUGUACUGUUUUAGCUUAUUUAUAAUGCACCAGCCAGCAUAGAGAAAACAGUUUAGCACUUCUAGUUUUGCACUGUAUAUAUGAACUGCUUUUGUUCUCUCCAGGGGAUCCAACUGGUUUCAAAUACUCUGGUAGGAAUGCAUUACAUUUGACUGUAUAGCUUCAUUUUGUAACAAUCGAUGCUCCUUAUUAUGUUGUUUAUUUUAUCACAUAAUUUUUACUGGUACUAUUGUUGUAUAAAUAAUAUGUUAACCUUGUUUUUGCAAUGAAAUUCUGUUCCAAUCAAAUGAACGAAUAGGCUUUCACUUUUGUCUUUUAGAAACACAUGCUUGCACACACACACACACAUGCAAACACACACACACAUAAUCACACACACACAUACUUUAUUUCAUCAAACCAUUGUUUGUCUAAUCACACCAAUCUGCAUAAAUAAAACAUUUCAGAAUACUAAAUAGCCUAUAUGAAUAUUUUAUCAAUUUGCCACCAUCCACACAUACAGUUACCUCGAUAAACUUACUAAAGCGUCCCUUUAACAAAAACCCCUUUAUACUUUAAUUAGGUGAUCAUAACAUAUAUUUGGUUGCCUAUUUGGUCUUGUUUAUUUGUGAAGAGCAUGUUGUCAUAAUAUGGGUGCAUGCAAUGAAUAAAAAGAGUGAUUCAAAUGAA